AUGGACAUGGAGACCCCUCACCGCCCACGCUGGUACGAGAUGUCCUUCAUCGCUCGCGGCCCGGCCGCCUACGCUGCGCACGUGCCGUCUUCCUCGCGUGCCGCGGCCUGCGACAACAGCGGCGGCGGCGGCCUGCGCGAUGUCGCCCGCGUCGCCCGGUCAAACGCGCUGCACGAGGCAAACCGAGCGGUGGGCGUUCUCCGCGAGGCCAACCGCGCCGCGGAGGGCGUGCACGAGGAGGUGCGCGGCCGCGUCGGCAUGCUGCCAGCGCCGCUGCGCGCGCCUCUCUGCUGCGCCUGCUGGACGUUUGACGGGCUUCGAAGCAUGCUGACACAGCCGACGACGCUCGAGUUCGCCGGCGCCUUCAUCUUUGGUGAGGCCUUUGGCGCGCUGACUGACGUCAUCGGGCUCUGCAUCGUCUCGCCGCUUCUCGCGGCGCUGGCCUCUCCGCUGCGGCGCCACGCCUUCGUGCUCGACCGCAGCCUCGGCUUCCUGAUGCUCGUCACGGGCGAGAAGUGGGCCGACGGCAGCGUGGACGCCUACGCCUCGAUCACGGAGGCGGAGGCUGACGGCGCCGUCGGCUUCAAGUACAGGCAGCUCCGGGAGGGCGUCGUGAGCACCUACUGGCUCUUCCGCCUCCUCGAGGCCUACGCCACCUCCGCCUCCUCCGCCUCCUCCGGCCGCGGCUCCUCCGGCCGCGGCAGGGAGGCGCCCGCCUCGCGCUCCGCCAAGCUGCGUGCGCAGAAGGGCGGGACGGCCGCGCCGCCGGCCGUCGCCAUGGUGUGGACCGGCGACGGAGGCGCCACGGUCGCGCGCCUGCACGGCACGGGCCUGCCGCAGGGCGUCAGCGCGGGCGACGACCGCGCCGGCGACGAGGUGCCCGCCCUCCUGGCAGAGCUCAUGCAGCACGGUUUCCGGAUCGCGUCCACGACGGCGCUGCCAUCCCACUACGGCGAGCCGCCCGAACUGAUGGUGACAGACUUUGGCGCCCGAGGCGACAACAACUCCGACGCCACGGCUGGCUUUGAGGCCGCCAUCGCCGCCGCGGCGAGGCACAGCACCGGGCACACCCUCAUCCGCGUGCCGCCGGGCACGUACCGCGUCUACCCGCUCAGCCUCGCGUCGCGCAUGACGCUGCACCUCGCGGCGGGUGCCACGCUGCUCGGCAUGCCCUUUGACGUCGCCGCCAGGCCGUGGACGCAGCAGCCGGCGCUUCCGAAUUGGAGCCGCUCGAGAGGAGGGGCGAUCCUGCUCCGCAACGGCAGCGGGGAGCGCGUGCUGGUGCAGCGCAACGAGUCCAAGGCGCUGCUGCACGGCGCGGACCUGGACGACGUGGGAGUGUCGGGGGAGGGCCCGUCGAGCAUGAUCGAGAUGCACGGCUGGGACUGGUGGGGGAAGCGGGAGACGGGGGUGGAGCGGGGGUGGAACGGGACGCGGCCGCACCUGAUGCGGUUCGUGCGCAGCAGAGGCGUGCGCGUCAUGGACGUCCAGCUCCUCAACUCGCCCUACUGGAACUGCCACUUUUGGGCGUGCGACCGCGUGCACGUCCGAGGCGUCCGAGUCGUCUCGCCGCUCGACCAAGCUGAGAUAGGCUGGGACCCAGACUCGUCCACCAACGUCCUCAUCGAGGACUCGAGCUACGAGGGGGGGGACGACUGCGUCUCGAUCAAGAGCGGCUGGGACUGCUUCGGCGCGGCGCUGGGCCGGCCGGCGGCGAAUAUCACGUUGCGCAACCUCGCGUGCAAGGGCCCCCGCGCGGGCCCCGCGUCUCUCGGAGCGGACCGGCGGGGCGUCAUCCGCGCUUCACUCACCCCGGGGUCCGUCAACUCCACAGGCAUCGCCAUUGGGUCUGAGCUGAGCGGCGGCGUCCACGACGUGCUCGUCGAGCGGAUCCGUUUUGUCGACGCGGGACGGAUGGCGCACCUAAAGACGGGACGCACGCGCGGCGGCGCCGUCUCGAGCGUGCGUUUCGCCAACCUGACCGCGGUCGGCAGGAUGGACACGGGCAUCGUCCUCGACGCAACCUUCAAGCCAAACAGCAAGUGCGGGCGCGGCUGGGCGCCGCGGCCCACGCACAUGUCGGACAUCUCGUUCGUCGACAUCGACGCGUCCGGCGCGGCCAUCAGCGGCUACUCGUUCGACCUCGGCGCGCGGCACAAGGAGCCGGUCCGCUCGUACGUGAGCGCGAUGGAGCUCUUUCUCAAGGACGUCCACCUCCCGCGCGGCACGCGGGGCAGCUGGCGGUGCGGCUACGUCACCUCGCUGCUGGCGAAGCGCGUCUCCCCAAAGCCGCGCGGCGACGAGUGCGGCGUCUUCACGCGGAGACGCGGCCUGAACCAAUCUCUGCGGCUCGGCAAGGUGCGGCGGCGGAACAGGACGAAGGCAGGGCGGCUCCGAAGCUGGUAG